GCACGCAUCACACACACACUCAUUUUGUCAAGUGGUGGAACAUUCAGUGUCUGUCAUGUCUGUAUUUGAUUUUGUCGGUACGGGGUGAAAUUAAAUGCUUAACACUGUUGUGCCAAAAACAAGAUGGAGGAAAACAUUGCUAAUUUUCUAAAGGACGCAUUCCCAGAAACAGAGGCAAAUUUUGAGCAUCUACACUCUGAUGUCGACGUUAACGUACCUCAAAAUGAUCCCGACAUGGAGGAUGACAACGGUCACAGAGAAUCCAGUGGAUCUGAGUCUGACAUAGAUUUAGAGUGGGGGAAUAGGGAAGAGGAAAUUAAGAACUUUUCUGAGAAUAGGAACUUCUCAUUAGAUGAACAAAGCAUGAAGGCAGGACCUAUGCUCUGUGGUUCACGGGACGACGACGAUACAGAUGAAAACAACACACAAACCCAAAACCAGCAAUUAAGCUUGCAUGAUGAGGAAUGCAUAGAGAAGGAAGUCGAGAAACAUGCAGAUCUCCAUCAAAUGAACAAGGAACAAGCUGAAGAUGUCAGUAUGCUGGAAAUGCUUCUUCCAAAAGGACCUCACUAUGAUCUGGAAACAAUGAGCCCAGAGACCCCAUCACAUCUACCGAAGAAGCAUGGAACCCCAUUGAUGCCAGAAGCAUCAAUGGAGGUUCAGUCUGGGGAUGAGAUGAAAGAGUUUACAGAAGAAGAUCAUGAAAAUCGUGAAAGAGAAGAGGAAGGUUUAGCAGAGUACCCCUCUGAUUUAUCUCAAAGUGAUAGUGGGGACAGCAGUGAGGGUGGACAACCCAAUCACAUGGACACCAAGCUGCCUCAGGUGCAGGUUGUAGACCUGGGUUGUUCAUAUGAGAUGAAGAACCUAGAAGAACCUCCACUGAAUUACAAAGUUGUAACUUCAAGGAAUGAUGAUGUUCAAAUGAAAGAUGGAUGUAUGGAUCCUGUAGACAUGCUCACUUAUGAGGGUCUGAAUGUGGAGACACCUGGGAAAUCUGAUGAUGACAUAAUGUCCCAGACAAAGCAGGACAGUAUUAGAGAUGAUGAAUAUAACAGUGAGAUUUCAAACACUGAAGAAUGUUCUGAUUUUGGAAUCUCUGCCAAUUUCCAAUCUAACUCCAGUGAAUCUUACAUGACUGAGCAGCCUGACUAUGAUAGUGAUAUCAGCAGUGAUGGUGAAUACUGCAAGACUCAAGAAGAAAGCCCUGAUUUCAAUUCCCAUUUGAUCUUGCAGGGAAAAGACUUUAAUAGAGAUCGGAGCAGCAUUGAACAUGAAAUAGAGGGUGUGGUGGUCACAGAUAGUCAGAAAGAGGUAUGUGAUAUGCAAUUUUCAAGCAAUCCAGCAUCUCCUAAAGGAGGAAUUGAAGGAUCAUCUGAGAACAGGAGUGAGUCACAUCCACUAGAGGGCAAAAACAACAAAGAACAUGAUAACAGUGAACACUCAGAAAGUUCAGACUUUGGUGAAAAUAUCAACACUUUGCUACCUGGGACAUUUUGGAGCUUUAUGGAUGAUCACAACCUGGAGCUUGGCGAAUAUGACUGGGACAUUGAUGAAAAAGAAGUGAUAUGUGAUGAAGAGGAGUAUUUUCAGGACGAGCUGGAGAAUGAUGAGGAGGAGACCAAGGGGGACUGGGAGAAAGAAAAAGCAAGAAUUGAGGCAUUCAACAGAUUCUACCAGCCCGCCGAAGGCGAGGAAAACAAAGGUAGAAUCCACAAAGUGACGUUUUGUUUGGAUCCAGAAUCCUCUCUUUAUGAAGUGGAUAGUGACAGCAGUGAAGAGGAACUGAGCACAAAAGGUUGCAUCAGUGAUUUGGAGUCUCCAGAGUCCAGUUCAGUUAAAGAAGAACAAAGCAACAUGGAAGACGGCCAUGAAUCCUCAGAGGUUUCAUACAUUGAAAAUUUCAGCACUCUUCAGAUGGAUGAUGAGGACAUGAAUUUUGAUGAAUAUCACCAUGAUAUUAAUGUAGAGUUCUAUAAAAUGAACUCAAAUGAGGUGAUCUGUGAUGAUCAGGAUGAUUUCUUGGAGAAGCUGAAAAAUGAAAUAGAGAGGGACAUGGAGCAAGAACGAGCGAAAAAUGACAGAUACUACGAAGAGUCUGUAGAAGAAAAGCAAAAAGAGGUAACAGACAGGACUCACAGGGCAAUGUUUAGGUUGGAUCAAGGAUCUUCUCAAAAUGAGGAAGAUAAUGAUAGCAGCGAACAGGAAUCAAACUCAGAAGAUGACACAGCCAAUGUCCAGAAGACUGAGCUCUCCACUUUUCAGGACCAAAGUGAUUCUGAUGAACCACAUGAGAGACGUUUAUACGCAGGAAGGUACAAGGUUUUACCAAAGGAGUUACAAAAGGCAGGCAAGGAGCUGAAGGAACACCCCAAAAGAAACAAGUGUGUUGUCCUGCUUCGGUCAGUGUUAGCAGUGAGUCUAGCGUCAGUGGUGGGGCUGCUGUCUUACUGCUGGGCCAACGACAGCUUGGACUGGAUCUACUGAAUUCACGUGGAUUUGGAAUAUUCAACAUAAUUCAAAACACAAAAUAAAAGUCAAGGCCUCUGCAUUAUGAUAAAGACAUCAUUGCACAAGACCAUGCAAAAUAUCACGAAACAGACAAGCAAGCAAACUGAGAUAAGACCAACUUUAUUUCCUUACAGGAUGCAACCUAAUAUUGUAACGUUUGAAGAGCGCUUUGAAAUACAGCCUUUUAAAAAUGUUUAUGUCUUUAAACAUGGUAAUCUCUGUUUUUUUUUUUUUUAAUGUAAACCACAUUUAGAUAGAUUUAAUCAUCUUCCAUGUACUAGGAAAAGUGACACAUAUGCAGAUGUAUAUCUCUUGCCCCUACAGGACACCUUGUACAAACAAGUGCUUUCAAAGUAAAAAUGACCUGAAAAAAAAAUGCAAAACAUAAAUAAAUACAUUUGAUAGAUUCCUUUA